UCUCACUCCCAUCUCUCUCUCUCUCUCUCUAGCUCUCAAGCGAUGGAUCAGAAAAGCGCAAUCACGCUCGCUUUACUCUGCAUCGUUCUCGCCGGCGUCGGUGGCCAGUCUCCGGCAUCCGCGCCGACGAGGUCUCCGGCGACACCCGCGCCUGCAGCUGCGCCGGUCUCCGCCCCGCCGGCUAAGUCGCCCGCGAAGGCCACGUCGCCCGCUCCCGUAGCUUCGCCGCCGGCUUCAACCCCGACGGCGGCGGCUCCUUCCCCUCCGAAGAAGGCGGCGGCGCCGGCUCCUGUCGCCACCCCGGCUUCCCCGCCGACGGUCGAAGCUCCGGCCAGCUCUCCUCCAGCUACCGCGCCGGUCAGUUCCCCGCCAUUGCCUUCUCCGGCCACAUCGCCUUCGGCGUCUUCGCCGACGACUGCUCCGGAGAGCUCUCCUCCGGCUCCGGUGGAGGUUCCCGCACCGGCUCCGAGCAAGAAGAAGUCUAAGAAGCACGUGUCGCCAGCUCCGGCGCCGGCAUUGGACAGUCCGCCCGCGCCGCCGGCGGAAGCCCCAGGGCCGAGCGAAGACGCGACCUCCCCAUCACCAUCAUUGGCCGAUGAGAGUGGAGCAGAAACUGCGAGGAGUGUGAAGGCAUUAGUGUCGGGGUUGGCGCUGGGAUGGGCUGCGCUUGGAUUGAUUCUCUAGAGACGUUGCCAUUUUACAAUUCGAUUUAUAUGUUAGUGAUCUGAUGUUGUUGCUGUGUAUGAUAUGAAGAUUGGCCUCACAUUCUACAUUAUUUAUUUAUUAUAUGUCAUAUGAGUGCUUCCUUAAUCCACGUCUGUACAGUAAUCGCUUAAUUUCUUUCAACUAAGACGAAUUUAUGAAUCGAUUCGGGCAAAA